AUAAAGAUUGGAUUUUGGAAUGCAAUGUCGGCUCGGUUAAAGUUCUUACUGCCGCAGAGAUGUUAACCUUAUCCAAAGUAACUCAGAAGGAUUUGAAUCAUUAUUACACUUGGGUUGAUGUCUUGAAGACCAAAGAUAAUGAUAAAACUGAAAAUAGUUGUGAUGAUAUAAAAGAUGCAAGAGUAUGUAAACGAUGUGGAGACGCGGCCAGCAAAUUUUGUACAGGGUGUAAAUCGGUAUAUUAUUGUAGUAAAUAUUGCCAGAAGGAGGAUUGGAAAAGACACAAAAAGGAAGAUUGUACGGAUAAAUUAAAAAUAUAAAUUACUACUGAAUUUUAUCAUACCAUAAUCGUUCUAUAGUUUUUUUUUGCAGGAUAAUCUGAAGUAUUAUAUUUAGAAAAAAAGAGAUCUACUACCAUGGAUUAACUACUAUGUUUAGGAUUUUUGCGCUAUCUUUCUUGAACUGUAUUUUUUUUUUUUUUUACUUUUUUAUAAAAAUUUUUGAUAUCGUAAAGAAUUUUA